AUAAUUUCAGAUAAGAUUGAACGUCAGCUAAACUACCACACUAGCAAUGGCUAGUUCAUCGCGAACACAUGGACCCUUCUAUGUUGACAAACUCGUAAUCUGCCCACUGGUCGAAUCUCACGUAAUUUUGGAAUCUCGCCUCCAAUAUCACAUCGUUCGUUGUAUCAGGACUUUCCCGCAUCCUGAGAGGGUUCAGAAAUGUCCUUUCAAUGCUACCCACUUGAUUCUGUUGCCAAACAGCCUUGAAGAACACAUGGCAAAUUGUGCUGACAGCAACUCUCUUAUCAUGUACAAGUAUUCUGGAGGUGAAAAAAGCAGUCUGAAGGAAACCUUGCAUCCCAUGAAUAAUCGAGAAAUUCCAUGUGAGGAAGACUGGUCUGAUGUCGUGGCCUCCAAAGCUCCCUCUUACGACUUCCUUGAAGCAAAUGAUCGCGGUGGUCGUCCCAAUCGUGGUGCCAAGAAGAAGUUACCCUUACCCCAAAGUGUGCCAAGUGCACGUCGUAGACGUGAAAGGUUUGCAGGGCAAAGGGUAGAAGAGGAAGUCAAUUACAAUCCCCUCACCGCUGGAUUGGAUCCCGAUGACGUGGCAAGCAAUGCAAGCACUUUCAGCUGCUUCUCAGUGCGUACUCGCCGCACUUAGGCCCAAUUCUCUCAUUAUUUGCUCACUAGUUAUUGCCUAAUUUCAAUUUAAGUUUAAUUCUGCUUCAAAAAUAGAAGCCAUAUUGUUAAUUAAUAAUUUUGUGUCAUUUCAAUUCUUUGAUAGUGCUACGUUUACUCUCGAGAAAAGAGUACUGGUUCAGGAUGGAAAUCAAAUAAUCUUAAUCGGUUAUAUCAUGCAAGAAGUGUAAUUACUAUUGAUAAAGGACAGUUGAAUAUUCAAUGUAGCGUUUCAAAAGGCUUAAAAUUAUGGAAGCAGUAUUGUUCAUGAUGAUAAACAACUGCGAGUUUAUAAAUUUAAGUUCACAUUUUGAAUCUUUAACAGAAAAAUGUGUUACUAUCUUACAUUGCAAUAAAAUGCACUAAUCUCACUAGAAAUAA